AUGUCGAAAAAAACAUCAAAUCCCAUAGAAGCAGAAGAACCUCCCGUUCAAUCCGAACCUGUGGAUUUGAGUCUGAAAGAUCAAAACGAUGUGUUAUUAAAAAAUUAUUGGAAAACGGAUCAUCAUUCUAAUAGUCACGUGGAUUUAUUAAGAGUGUCGUCACAGGAACAAAAAAGUCCGACGACGAAAAAUCCCGUUUUUAAAAGUCCAUGGCAAAGUACCAUACAAUCGAGUACCAAAAUACAAUCCUCAACUUCUCGGAUUACAAAAUUUAGGUCAAAUCGGAAUGGAUACGAGUAG